GCUGGAGGCGCGGAUUGGGCAACGACUACAGCUUUGUUGACCGCCGUUCAUACAUUAUAUGCGCAGUCAGGGCUGCCAUCAAGUCUCUUAGACCGUCGCAUAUUACACCAACGAGGGACAGUAACCUUGCUACGUUUUCUCCCAGCUAUCCCAGCUGAAAGAUAAUCACUCAAACUCGCUUACAUCAAUUUGUUCUCUUAAUUGCUGCUGAGGUGGAAUGUACCCCCCCACGCGUUGAGAUAUACGAUUCCCCAAGACAUCCUAUUCCUUCCACAGUGGUAGAGCGCACACAACCGAAGAAGGUGAUGGCGCCGGUCGAGCGAGAUGCCCCGGCUGAUGCCCGACAUCAUCUAAGACACAAGCAUUCUGCCUCGUCCGAUCAAGGACGCGCACUUAUCCCAAUGUGGGACAGCUCCGAUCCCGAACGAGCACCGCCUCCACUUCCAUUGAAUCCCCAAUCACCAACCGUGGGCACCUCCCGAAUCGGUACUUCUGCCGCGAUACAGUCUGCGCAUGCCGCUCUGACGGAGAAGGCGCGAGAGAGCGCCCUUGUGCCCACGCUCGCCAAGCGCAUGAGUUACGACACCUCAUCACCAGAACGUGGGCUCGCAUCACGAUCAAGCCCCCACAAACGCAUGCAGUCUCUCCAACCAGGUAGUGUCAGGGACCUGAGUCUCAUGAUUGAGGGAUCUCCAAGACGCGACUCGUCCCCAGAGAAGUACAACAGCAGACCAUCGACCCCAAGUCGUAUGCGGGAAACCGACAGAGAGGAUUCCGAAAAGGAUUUCCGCAGCUCCGGUACUCGUACGCCGCCUCCAAUGCCCAACAAUUUGAAUGGCGUGGUACGGUCAUCGGUGCGCAGAGGGACACAGAGCAUCCUCGGGGAAAACACGCCACCUCAAUCGGCGACAAUGCGAGCACUCCACAGCAUGAACCCGAUGGCCCCAAGGAUGGAGGCACCGGUCCCAGAAACCCCCCUGGCGCCGGUCACAAAUAACUCGACAGCCCUCGUAAAGGCAAAUGCGCCACUGGACCAUCUCUCAAACCAGAUGGUCACCCUCACGACCAUUGCCACAGGUUUACAGAAGGAAAUGUCUCUGCUUAGCCGUCGCAGCAGAGAUAAUGCAACCGACCUGAUGAGCCUGAAGGAGGCGACGCAUGCGAGGGAUGAAGAUAUUCGCAAGAGCCUCCGUGAAUUGGCUAGCAAUGUCGACGCUAGAAACCCGCGGGAUCCUUUCGGUGGCUCACUCUUCAUGGACAGCAAGUCCAAUGGCAGCCCGCCUGGUUCUUCAAAGGGAAUGAGGCCGUUUUCGCUGCCGCGAAUACCAUCACCGAAUAGUUUCUCUGCAUCGAUGGACCGAGAGACCAUGUCAAGCACGCCGUCUUUGAUCAGUGGAGACUCGCCCGCCACACUCGCUUUACUAGAGAAGAUUAUCCGCGAAAUGGGCACCAAGGACGGCCAGGACGCAGUCAUUGCUCGUCUUACCGAGCUCGCAGAGGGUCUCGCAGGAAUGGCCUCGUCUGGCAAGGUCGAGGAGCUCAUUCACCAAUUGCAAUCCACAAGCCAAGAACUAUCACUUGUGCCCGCAGGGGGAGCAGGGGGUGGUGGCGAUGGCAGAGGACGUUCGCGAAACUUCGGCUUUGACGAUGACGACGACCGGAGUCUUCGCGAAAUCGACUGGAACAAGAGUGGCACGAGCAUUGUGGGCCAACGAGUCAAUGCUCUGAUGCACCAAGACAGCGGACGCACAUCAGCUUCCCCCUCCCGUGCGGGCGAUGUGCUCAAUGAGGAUGUCAUCAAACUCAUACGCGGUGUGAAAGACAGCGUUGCCCAAGGCGGUGGCCUGACAGCCGAGGUUAAGGCCCUCGUUCGAGAGCUUCGCGGUGAGGUUCUCGGAAUGGGGCGAGAGAUUGGCCGACGUCUCGACGAAAUCAAUGAACAGGCCAACAACCAGAGCGAGCUCGCCACCAAGACCCAGAUGGAACGGGUAAUUGAAGAAGGCCUAGAGCAGAUGCGACUCCACAUGAACGAACUACUCGGAGAACACCGGCGUUCCUCAGCUGCGUCGAACAAACCCUUGGUCGACUAUCAAGAGAUCUACAAUGCGAUGAGCGCCGCUCUCAACGACUCCCAGGAAAACAAGGCCCAAGACCCCGAUCUAAGCAGAGACGAUGUGAUACAAGCCGUCAGGGAGGCCUGGGAGCAAUACAAGCCUGAUAUUGCCGUUGAACAAAUCGGUCUAGAACGUGAUGAAGUUCUCGCAUGUUUGAAGGAAGGUCUCCAGGAGUACACCCCGCGUCAAGAUACCCCUGAGGGAGCUACCAGAGAAGAAGUGCUUGAGGCCGUCAUUGAGGGCUUGAAACAUUUCACACCACCCAAAGUCGAGACGCCUGCCACCCUGUCCCGCGAUGAGAUUCUCGAGGCCGUGAGAGAAUGUUUGGAGGAAUUCGAGUUUCCCGUCGCUCCAUCGGCUAUCAACAACAACGAGGUGACCAGAGAAGACGUUCUGGAAGCUGUCAAGCAGGGUCUCGAGUCUUUUGAUUUCCCAAACAUCGCCCAUGCGAUCGUGCCUCACGGCGGUGCUGUGGAGAAUACCGAAAUUGUUGAAAGGCUACAUGACAUCAUGCAACUUAUGCAAGAGGAGUUCAAGGCCGCUGCGCAAGAAGCCAAGCAGAAUGUUGCCGCCCACGGGCGGGACACUGAGCAGGUCUUGGAUGCUACUAAAAGUGGCUUUGAGCAACUGCGAAAUCAUAUGGACGGGUACCUUGAGCGUGCUGGUGGCAGCACUGCUGGCCAGGAUGAACUCAUGGAGACUCUUGUCGAUAGCCUAGAUGGAUUCCGAGAAGAAAUAUCUGAGCUAGUUGCGAAAUCAACUGAUGGAUCCAAGGCUAUGCUGAAGGAAGAAAUCGAAUCCUUGCGAGACGCAGUCAAUUCUUCCCUUGUCCCUCACGCACCCCCUACACACGACAAUAGAGAAGUCCUGGAAGCAUUGCGGGAUGGGCUCGACCGCGUGCGAGCAGAACUUUUGCGUCCUCAUGCUGGCACUACUGAUAUCCUGGACGCCUUACAUGAAGGUUUCGGCGAUCUGCGCAUUAGUGUCGAGAGGAUGGGUAAUAAGCCCGUGGAUCUCACCGCCAAUGACGAGAUCCUCGACGCUCUGAAGUCGGGACUUGAUACCGUCCGAACCGACAUAGAUGCCCUCCGCGAGUAUAACAACGACAGGCAAGUUGCCACCGUGGGUUCAGGAACAAUGUCAGACGCCAUGGUUCCCAUGGAUCUUGUGAAGCAAGACGACAUCAAGAACCUCGAAGUCAUGCUUACUCAGCUCCGCAUCAAAGUAGAGGCAAUUGAGCCCCCUCCCGGUACUGCAGCGGCAUCAGAGGGUCUUUUGUCAAAAGAAGGUCUGUUGUCAAAGGAGGACCUGGCUGACCUGGUGUCCAAAGCCGACUUGGCUGGUAUUGUUUCAAAAGAGGACUUAGCUGGUAUGGCGGCAAAGCAAGAUCUGGCGGAAAUAGAGCAAAUGCUGCGGAAGGUGCAGGAGACUGUUGCAGAUAUUGCCGAGAAGGAAGCAGCGAGGGCCACAUGGAAGGCCGCCCAGCCAGUGAACCUUGAAGAUGCAUCGACGAAGGAGGAUGUACUGGCCAUUGAAACGAUCCUUCGCAACACCAAGGGUCGUCUCGAUGAUCUGAUGGACGGCGAGCAAGCGGUGAGGAAGGAUCACGUUGAUGCUAUCGAAGCACUCGUCCUCGAAACCAAGGACUCACUUAACACACUCGCCACACACUUGGAGGCUGUAUCCAAGAAGGAAGAUGUACAAGCUGUUGAGUCCCUCGUCACUCAAGUCACUCUCGCAUUCGAUGAGAUGAAAGAACGUGCCGAAAAGUCUCUCGAGGACCCGGAGCGUGUCACCAAGACAGACGUGGAUGCCAUCGAAGCCACUUGUAUGGACAUGAAAACAGUCAUCGAACAGAUGUUGAAGACCGACAUUGCCGCCCUGCCCUCGAAGGAAGAUCUCAAGAACCUGGAGGACGUCGUCAAGGAAAUCAAAACUGUUGCCGAUACUCAAACCGUGACCAACGCCAAAGCCUUCGAAGAACGACAAGCUGAAAUCGUGGGCGUCGGCGAAGGUGUGACUGAAGUCAACACGUUCCUUCAAGAGUUUCAGAAAUUGGUCAAGGAGAAGCUCGAGAGCGAAAGUACUAGCAUUGAAGGGCUCCAAAAGUUGCUAGAAACCAUUGGCGAGACAACUGCUCCCAACGCAAAUGUGCAUCGAGACCUGAAGGAGAUGUUCGAGCUAAUGAAAUCCGAAUUCGAGGAGGCGAAGGCCGGGGUUAUCGGUGCCAAGAUUGACAACGACGAAAAGCUACAAACCACCACCGACGCUUUGGGAGUGAGAAUCGACGAGAAGAUUGCCGCCCUGAUGACAAAAUAUGACGAGUUCCAACUUGCAAUGGAGGAACGCACCAAGUCUGGAGAAGCCAAAGACGUCGAAAUGGGGGCAGCGGUUCUCGGGACCAAAGCUGUUGCCGAUGAGUUGAAGCUCCUGAUCGAUACGCUCGGUUCCACGGUAACCGAAUCAAUGGAGAAGGCGGAAGAAGCAUCCAAGACUGUUUUUGACCGAGUUGAGGAGCUUGUUGCCAAAACUGCAGAGAAUCAUAUCGACGACAAGGGUGAGCAUGCGUUGACUCGCGAGGAAAUCAAAACUGUCGUCACCGUUGUCGAAGGGCUGCAAGGUCAAGUCGUCGAAUCCCAACCCAAGAUCCUAGAGUCUGUCAAAGAUGUCCUUCUCCUUGUUGGCCAACAUUAUGAGCACUCCAAGACUGCUACCACUGGUCUCUUGACGAAUCUUCAGCAACAGAUUGAAUAUGUCAAGAACAAGGAGCCAGAAUUGCCUAUGCUUCCGCCUGUUGAAAAAUACGACGACACGGAGAUACAUUCAAAACUCGACAAACUUGUUGACCGCACUCACACAACCGAACUGGAGUUGCGCUCCAAGUUCGACAAGCUUGUUGAUCACACCCACACCGCCGACACGGGAAUACAUUCCAAGCUCGACAAGCUUUCCGCCCAGAACCAAACGGCUGGCACGGAGAUGCACUCCAAGCUCGACAAGCUCGUCGACCACACCCACGUGGCCGACAAAGCUUAUGCCCAGCUCAAGACUCUGGACAAAGUGCACGCACAGGUCGUGAAGACCGCGGCCGAACUUUCGAUAUUCAUGGAGACCCAGAAGAAACAAAUCGAAGCUGCGCGUGAGGACCACGAGAAGACGUUACAAGAGACCAAGACUGCCCUCGCUAUUACGGAGGCCGAGAAAGAGAAUGUGGAAGCCAAUGUGAUUUCUCUGCGGUUAGAGCAAGAGGAACUCCGCGAGAGCGUGCUUGCGUUGAGGAACGAGCAAGAGCUCCUCAUGCGACAAAAGAUUCGUCUCAGUGCUGAUGUUUCGUCCUUGGAGACUGCAAUGCACAUCCGACGAGAGGAGUUACAGCACAUGGAAAAGCGGGCAGAGGGUUUGGAACGCCGAAUUUUGGAAGGCGUUUUGGAUCACUCGCGUGCCCUUCUCAUCACUAAAGCCGGUAACAAAGGCCGCGAUGCUAUGUCUCGCAAACGAGUCCCGGCUGCUAGGUCCAGCCUGACGCCAGCAGACGCUUCGAGUCUGAAUUCCCAACCGCCCAACGCCCACCGAAAAGCCGUCAACAUUGCUAUUAAUGGUAACCGAGCCAGUUUGGUCCCGCCAAACCAGACAGGAACGUCGAGGCGCAUACUCAGCUUGAGUCAGAUCAACAACAACUUACCCGCUGGUGGCAUCAAACGAAGCCAGAGUGUGCGUGCUGCACCUGGUCAGGGCGCGUUGCGUAAGGGGAGCUGGGGUGGCGGACUGGGCAAGAAGUACGGGGAGUUGAGUGACGACAAGGAGAAUGGACCCAUCGAUGUAGUGAGGGAGCUCGAUGAGCCGCCUGAGAGUGCAGGCGAACCCACUCCUGAGACAGAGCCGGUGGUCGAGGGUGAUGAAAGUCAUGAUGGAGAAGGGCAAGACGGCGCGAGCGACGAUGGCACGCUGCGCAAAUCAAGCCUGGGUACAACAGUUAUCACCAACACCGAGAACAAGGGCGGGUAUUCGGAUGAUUAUGAUGACGAAAGCUAUGACGGUCAGAGUGAAUGGACCGAGAGUGGACGCACGAAAAGUGCAGUCGGGGCCGAAAGCGGACUAGGGACAGAGACCGUAUCGGAUUCAGAGAGCGAUGCUGACACCGAGACGCCAGAAGAAGACGGUGAUCCCGUGGCACUCGGUGCGUAGGAGGGAAGAAAAGUUACUCUCGUUUGCUUAUUUGCUUGUUUGUGUCUCUGCUUGGAGAGUCUUCGUGCUCGAGGGAUUUUACCGCUUUUGGAAGGGUAUGAUUGUCGUUGUUGUUUGUCAUUGAGUAGUACAAGACGGGCUUCUUGUCUCUAUGUUUAUGUGCAUAUGUCUUUCAGGAUCAGGAGCCAGUAUGAUUGAUGACGACAGAAGGAAAACCAGCUUUAGGUGGUCUGAUGACACAUGAUAAGAUAGGGGUCAGGAAUGUUUAUUUAAUCAGAGUGCUGCUUUGUUGAUGAAUCACUAC